GGCUAUGCUGAUGAAUUCGGGGACAAAAUUGGGCUAAUCAGACAACUUAUCAAACCCAGUGGUGGGCAAUGGUUCACACAUAUAUAUUCGCUUUGUCCAGUUUGAAACUGCCCAUUGUAAUGGCGUUACGCGGCAUCAAUGCGUUAUGAUCACUUAUAAUUAUGGUAUAACGCAGCAUGAUGCGCAUGCGAGAAUCGUCAAUCGAGUUCAAGUUUGCGAAAUCGUAUUGACAAAAGUCUUUGAUAAAAGCGGAACUUUUCGAAUUGUUUAAUUGGUGUUUGGAUAAUUCUUGUGAUUGAAAUGUCCUGUGAAACGCCUAGCACCGAACUGGGAUCUCACAUUUGCUUGAAGCUGAUUAAUCUUGUCAAGGACCAUCCGGUGAUGUACUUGCCGUCAAAAUCGUCGCCUACCCGUCGAAAGAAUCGAAAUGAAGUAAACGGACUUUGGCAAGCGAUUUCUGCGGAGAUCGGUAUUUCAGCCGAGGAUUGCAAAAGGCGAUGGAAAGGCUUGAAAGACGUUUAUUCUAAACUUAGGAGACGACGACUGCAGGAAGGUGUUUUAGGAAUUUCAGCGAGAAGAAAGUGGUUGUACGAAGACGCUAUGGAUUUCUUAAAAUUUUCAUUCGAGCGUUCUUACCAAGAAGCACUGGAAGCUUUUGAAGAGGUUGAUUGCGAUGACUGGAAAUUAGAAUAUGCGGAAUGCAGCGAUGCUGGAGAACUGUAUUGUAAUGAUAACAACAAGCAAGUAAAAUCAAACGAAGAAAAAAGUAAAGAGCAGUCGUCGCAGACUGAUGAAAAGUUUAAAGAUAAGACAUUGGAAUGCAUGGACUUGGAUUUGCAUGCUGACACUAUUGCAGGUAUAGAAGAACAAGUUUCGGAACAGAGCUCAGAACAAGAUAAUGGAGGAUGGAGCAGUGGCCUUGAUAAUGAAUCACCUGUUCAACCUUGUCUGGUAGAAAAAAACACAAAAUUGCAAACAAGGUAUCGAGCUAUUCGUCCCAAACCUUACCAGUCGAAUGCGCUGCGUAAUGGUAGAAAUUUGAGGAGCAGUAAUGCUAUUCUAAAAACUAGCACAACUUCCACACCUUCUAUUGUAAGUGUGUCCAGUCUUAAUCCAAUGAAUCAAAUAAUUGUUGAAAGCCCCAAGUUGCAAUCGGAUAAAAAUUGUGAUACUGCCGUUUUGACCAGCACAAAUAUGAAAGUUAAUAAUUAUCCAAAGAUGGAAACUGUUGGUGUUAGAGUCACUUCUCCGUCACAAGAGCCAAAAGAGGAUUGUAAAAAUAUUAAAAUAGAAAUUGAUUCUUCUCUCAAGUCUAAAAAAAGUUUACCACCACCACAAGUUUUUCCUAAAAGGAGUAGCACUAGCAGUGUGGAACUAUUCUUUGAAAGUAUGGCACAGACUGUGAUGAAUUUACCCAUGAGAGCACAAGCAGAAAUCAAAAUGGAAAUUUGUAAAUUGGUUACUCGAGCAGAAAUUAAAUAUUCCCAGGUACCAAAUACAAAGUUAGGAUCCCGUAAAUCAAAAAGCAAACAGAGGUGAAACUAGCUGCAAAAGCUUGUAUUAAUGGUAAUAUUUUACUUCGAAAAAUGAAACUAACCCAGUACACAGAGAUUCACAGUGAUAUAAGUAAUGGGAAAUAUGUUUUGAAUUCACCACAAAUAUUGCCAAAUAUGUGAAUGUAAUAAAGUCUCAGGAAGGAGCACAGAAGUCUGAAAUAAUCUUUUAAAUUUCGAGACACUUUAUUUCUAUCUAAGAAAUAAAUAUUUCAACAACAAAAAUGCAUAAGACAUUUGAAAGUAUGCCAACAUACCUAUACUUAAAUACUUAUGUAUUAUUGAUUUUAGGUAGAGAAGAGAUUUUAUUUAUUUUAUAUCAUUUCCGACAAUAGCAUACCGUAGAUAAUAUGCAUACAUGUAGUUAAAGUGUCAAAUUGAAGACAUCUCAUCCUCAUUUUUAGCUUUUUGGUUAUUUAUUACACAUACAGUGCACGAAAAUGAUAAUACUAGAUCUGUGAAAUAGUUUGGCGUAUGAAUUGUAUGAGCGCAAAGGUGAAAGUGAACUCUUAAACCCUAUCAAGAAAUAUCGUCGUAUCAGGAUUAACCGUUGUAAAAACACGAUUAAUAAUGUUUUAAGCAGCAUAAUAAUAUGCGUAGAAGCAAAAUUGUUGUAAUACAGAUUGUAAGUAGACUGCAGAUUAAAACAGAAGAUUUUAUAAAUGGAAUGGUUUACGACACUCGAUAAUACUUGAAAUGUUGAUUUGUGGACUGUGCAUUGAAGCAUUUUUUUUUCCACAAUUUAGGAGCAACAUAAAUCUUCAGUGUCGUAAGAAAAGUUAAAUAAAGUUUGUUCGCGUCGUUCAAUAACUUCAUAGAUCCG